UCAUCAUAAACCUACAGCUUCAUCUUCACAAGCACACCUAACUGCCGAUCUGACAAAAUUGACACAGUUUUUCUUUCCUCCAGUUGUGGAAUAACAUGAACGGACAUCUAACGAAGUGUUUUUAAAGCGCGACACAUAUCUGGUGUCAGCAUUACAACCUGGAAUAACAUCUACUGACUUACAACCCAUUUUGAAGGCAGUAUCUGGUAUGGCCCGUCCAGAGAUGGAAAGAAGGGCGGGUGAUCGCAACCCUGGAGCACCAAACAGCUGCAGGAUGGAGGUGCUGCGUCAGGACGCCUGGCCCUGCCACCGGCACCGAACCAUCGCUACACAAACCAGCACUGUCUUGCCACCACUAACCCAAGUCCCCACACAAGAUGCCUUCAGCUCGGACAGCGUCCCGCAGCAGGAUAAUCCACUCAGGGAUAAUACAGGUAAGGUGUUGCAACAUAGAGAUUCGCUUUCCUCACUAGCUGAUAGUCUGGCCCUGGUCCCUCCCUGUCCUCCAACUGUCCACCCUAUCCCAGCCCACCCCUCAUUCCUGUCCACCAAUGGCUGGAUUUCAGCUCAGGCUGCACCGGCUUGCAGUUACCCUGGCAACAAGCCAGAACCCGGCACUCCCGCUCUCUCAAGUCACCUGCGCCGAGGAUCAGCAGAUUCUUACUGCUGCGACACUAAUCCUCUACACGGAGGCAUUUUCUCUGUGCACACUUGCGCGGAAAACGGAGACGAGAUGAACGCUGUUUUUCUACAGAGGAAUGCUGUCCCAGGCUGGCAGAACUGGAGAGGCCUGUACCACGGGCUCUUCGCAUUCGUCGCCGACACCAUCAAUGCCCUUUACCAGCACGGCCUCAGAUAAACAGACGGGUUACGUCACAGGAAGAGUGCAGGCGCUCUCCUGCCGACCACUUAAAGACUCUGGGACUUUUCUGCAGGAUCAGAUGUCAUGUUUGUUUCUUUAUCUGUGUUUUUGGUUGGUUUGUUUUGUUUUGUACAUCUUUUCCCAUGGAUUCUCAUGUAGCAUUAGUGACUGAAGUGUGUGUCCCGAUAUAGACGUCAGUAGGAGAGUGUGGCUCUCGGUGCAUUUGCAUCCUACUCUUUUGCAUCUUUAACUGCAGUGGUAGGGAGUUGCAUUAAGCCGGGUUGCUCUCAAGCAAACAAAUUGAUUAGAUCUGCGUAGCGCCUCGGGCCCAGAAGUGCUUUGUGUGUCGUGGGUUCUCCUCUCAGCUGCCUUACAGGAGCAAUAACUGCACUGCACUAUCAGUCACCAGUGGCGCAGGCCGCGCACCCGCACACCAUUAAUGGAAAAUGGGUGAUAAUCGAGAUAAUGGAAUGCUCACGCACUAUACUAAUGGAGCACAGUUGGAUCGUGCCUUGCUAACGCUGUUUUUCAGCCCUUUGUGUACUAAAGCCAUCAGGGACAAUCACUGGAUGGUGUGCGGGUUAACCGAACCUGUUGCCCCGUAUCUGAAUCUAUACUUCGGGACACAAAUUUGCCACUUAAUUCAAAGAUUGGUCACCUCCAAUGGAGGUACGGGAGUGAGGCUGGAAGCCUUGUGGGAAAGCCAGACCACUAGUUAUUGAAAUGGCUGGAGAGCAGUGUUAAUAUUUGUAUGAAUUACACGUGUACAUAUUUUUGAGAAAAAAAGGACAGGAUAGAAUGGGAGUUUUGUUUCUGAUGUGGUUUGUAUAUUUUGAUGAAAUGACCUUGAAGUACUUAACAUUAAGUUCCUUUUUUCGGUUUCUGUUUUGUUUUGUUCUUCGAAUAUUUUUUGGACCAACACUGGAAAGCAGUUGUUUUAAAAUCCAGUGGAUUUCUGCCUAUUCGCAAUUUAUUUAGAUUUAAAUGAAAUAAAGUCCUGUAAAAAAAAUCCCCAUAAAAAUAUACCUUGC